CGUCUGCAGGGGUUUUAUAGGCGCGUGGCGAAGGGUAGAGGUUUUCAGUUUGAUAAUCGGGACCGCUUGUCUCUUGUACUUUCUGGCUGGUGUUGCUUUGAAGUUAUGUUUUGGAUGAUUAGUGCUCAUGGUGACUUGCUGAGCAACGGAGCCGGCGACAGUGACUUUUCUUUAUCAAUCGCUCAAGAAACCUUAAAGCGUUGGCAUUGG